AUGCUUCGCCACAUCGAACAACCUCCAACUCAAUUGCAUGAUCGUACCGGAAUGACUUCCCUCAAUACGCCGGAGGGGCAGGCCAUCGCCUUCCUUCUGACCUGUGUGGAGAAUUCCCAGAAGGGAAAGGUACCUAACACCCAAUUUCAAGCUCAGUUUCACGAUAUCUCCGAAUUCACAAUCAACUGGGACAACGUUGCACUCGAUACUGGCGUCAAUAUGACCCCCGAAGCUACCAGGAAAUACUACUUCAGCAUUUUGAAGAAUGCCAAAGAGUUUGAACGCUCUGACAAGUACCCCGAAAUCCCCGGAGACCCUUCCUGGCAGUCCAUCACGGCCGAUGAUGCUGAACUUCCCAUCAUCAUUGUCGAAUGCCAAAAUGAUACCAUUGCCUAG